UUGCCCUACACGCUCUGACAGACUUAUUCGCAAAACACUAAGCAGAUUUGACCAGCUCGACCUGGAAAAAAAUCUUGAACUCGAGAUAAGAUAGGGGCAAGAGCAUUGCACACUCAGUAAUAACAAUUACACAAACGCUGUUCGAGGGAGACAAUCAAGUCGAAGACUCGAAGACUCAAAAUGUUUCUCAUUAGUUGUUUUUCAAAAGCACUCUUGCUCCUAGCCGUCUGUCAAGACUUAGGAAUGUUCUUUGUCAAUGGCAAGUCGCGUCUUAAAGAAAGCAGAAUCCAGGCAGUGCGAGGCCAAAUACUCACAAAACUGGGACUGACAUCUCCUCCUGACGAAGGUGCAAGAGUACGGCCAAAAAGAGAGGAAUUAGAAGCAUUUAAGGCUGUCAGAAAUGAAGCUUUUCAACAUCAAAACGUAGACGAAAACUGCAUACGCAAUGACAAAAGUGCCAGCUACUUUGCUAAGAGUAUUGUAAGUCUUCAUUUGGUGCAGCGGACAGGGAAGACCAUACAGUAUGAAGAUCCAGCCAAAAAAAGAGUUCAUAUUGUCGACAUCAAUACUUUGACUUUUGAUGCAACUCAACUGGAUGGUGAACAUCACAUUGAAAAAGCAGAAAUGAGAAUAGACCCAAACUACUUCCCCACCAUUCAAGGAACAACAAUUAAAGCUUGUAUGGUAGACCGACUUUCUAGCAGCUCAAUCCAUAAUACAUGCUCCCAAGUCCUCGAUUCCAAGUUCAUAGAUUCACAAGCUGAUAUAAACCUCGACGUAACUGAUGCUGUUAAGAAAAGARUGAUGGCACCUAAAUCUAUGGCCUUUGUCAAAGUCAUUCARAUKGGAAUGGAACAGAAYGGUUAUGACAGCUCGAGUACCCUGUCAUGGGAACCCUAUGUGUUGGUUUGGUACAUACCUAUGAAUCGAUACACAAUCGAGAGGCGAAGGCGACACCGUCGUUCUCUCGACUUAGCAUUUUGCAACCAGAGACCGACGGAAAAGCGUUGUUGCCUGCGUUCGCUGUACAUCGAUUUCCAAAAAGAUCUCAAAUGGAACUGGAUACACGCUCCACUCGGGUUCCAUGCCAACUACUGCAAGGGAACUUGCCCAUUCUUAUGGGGCUCAAGUAAUCAGACSCAUCAUACAUCGAUCAUGGCCCUCUACAACUCCAUCAAUCCCAACGCACCUAGCGAGCCGUGCUGCGUGGCAAGUUCGUACAAACCGCUAGUGAUUCUUCACUAUGUAAAGGGUCAACCAAAAAUAGAACAGCUUAAUAACAUGGUUGUGACUUCUUGCACUUGUCUGUAAAAAAAGUUGUCAGAGCGAAACGGCGAGAGUUAAUGUAGGUAUUCAGUUUUUGAUUGAAAAUGAUCGCUUAUCUCCUGAAAACACUUGGAAGCCAAACAAACCACCAUCGCAAAUCUUUAUUUGAUGGAAACGACAUUAUUGGUGCCUCUCAUGAGUAAAUAUCGGCAUCAAUAAUCARUAACUGAAUUAAUAGAUAAUAACCCUUGUGGUCGCGUGCAUUCGCUCUUCGCUUUGACAACCUUUUAUGAAAUAGCUAUAUAUCUAUCUAUGUAGAGGGGAAAUGCGCUUUCAUUAAACAACUUCCCCCAGAAAAAA